ACAUAGUGCCCUUCACCCACACAUCAUCCUGUAGCUGUGCUGUCCUCUCUCUCGCUCUACUCUUUAACCACGACUUGAAUUGAAACCAACCGUACCGGGAUCGUUGACAAUGAAGUUCUUUUCUCAAUCCUUCUUGUACGACGAUCCCUGGUCCAUUGUCUCUCUCGCCUUCUUUUUACGCUAUCCUAAUCCAUACGCUGCACAUGUCAUCUCGUGCGAUGUCAUUGACAGGCACCAGACAGAGUCGGGCUCCUUAUUGACAACAAGACUUAUUUUGAAAAGGGGAGCUUUACCAAGAUGGGCCCCUCAAGGAAUUAUCUCGAGGGCGGAGUCCUGGGUCAUCGAGGAGAGCGAAGUGGACCCCUUUGGAAAGUUUGUUCGGUGCAGGACUAAAAACCUUGAUCAUGUCAAGGUUAUGCAAGUCGAGGAAACCCAACUGUUCGAGCAAAAUGGAGACGGGUACGUGUCACUUAUCUUACAUAGACGAGUUGCACUAACGGCUGUCCCGAGCAGUCGUACUGUGCAGACAACGGAGGCAUACAUUACCUCCAAGUUCGGCUGGGGAAUGACAAAACGAAUUGAGAGCCACGGACUCGCUCGGUUCAAGGCCCACGUUCAAAGAUCUCGGCAGGGUGUCUCCCUCAUUCUUGACCUAAUUCGCCAGGCUCGUUUGCAGCCUAUGGCGUUAGGCUCGUAUAUAACGCAUCUUCACUCAGAACGUUCUUUCGCUUCUUCAGAUACUCCGGCUUCAUCCCACAGCCCAGACAAUGCUGGGCAUACGCCAGAGGAGUAUUCUUCGCCCACGACUGAAAAUACUUGGUUGGGCAAAAUAUGGGGUAGUAGGUGAUCGGUUUGCAGUCUUUUUUUAUUUACUUGCUCCCUGCUCGACAUAAUCUGGUUUUCGUUUUACCUGUUGCACUCAUUGUAUCAUUAGUGGCAUCUAGUACCCUCACAAAUGUUUUUCACGU